GCAGCGGUUCAAAGAGGAAGGAAGAUGGCGGAUAACAAAGGCGAGGAGGAUAUGGAACCGUCUACUAAUUCGGACUCAGUGCCUUCAGCGCAAGAGAAUGAGCAGCCAGAGACGAAAGUCGACAAUGCGGUAAUAGUCAUAGAAGCGAAUACAAAGGGCGGCGAAGAAACAAUGCCCCCUGAUAACGCUAACGAGGCACCUACACCCACCAGCGACGGUGGAGACGUUAGCAGUGGCGGGGCUGCUGGAACGGGAGGGGAAGCCAACGGUAGCGCUAGCAACGCCGUCAGCCCGGCUACGACCAGCAGCACCACUGCAGAGCCAACGGCUGCCGAAACCCUGACCGCCGGGGAUGUUCCUGCUGGCGGACUCAGCACGGAAAUGUCUCCCCCUCCUACCGCUCCAGCGGCCACGCCGGUAUCCGCUCCCAUUAAUUAUUUGGAUACGUGCGCAGUGUGUAAACAAAGUCUUCAGAGCCGAGACUGUGAACCCAAACUUCUCCCUUGUCUGCACUCUUUUUGCCUAAAAUGUAUUCCGCAACCAGAUAGACAGAUAAGCGUACAGAUGCCUGGACCACACGGGCAAACUGACACACACAUAGUCAAUGUUAUGCGCUGUUCAGUGUGCCACCAGGACUACAAACAGAGUGAUAUUAUUGACAACUACUUUGUCAAAGAUACCACAGAGGCCACCAGUACAUCUGAUGAAAAAGCUGCACAGGUGUGCACAAGCUGUGAGGACAACGCAGGAACCAUAGGCUUUUGUGUGGAGUGCGGAGAAUGGCUGUGUAAGACUUGUGUGGAGGCCCACCAGAGGGUCAAAAUUACGAAGGACCAUAAGAUCCGCACCAAGGAGGAUGCUGACGCUGCCUCUGAGUCUGUUGGUACGUCAGGACAGAGGCCUGUUUUCUGUCCCGUCCACAAGCAGGAGCCACUGAAGCUUUUCUGUGAGACCUGUGACACUUUGACCUGUAGGGACUGCCAGCUGCUGGAGCACAAGGAGCACAGGUACCAAUUCCUGGAGGAAGCUUUCCAGAACCAGAAAGGCAUCAUUGAAAGCAGCAUGGCCAAACUACAGGAAAAGAAGAACUACGUCCAUUACUCAGUCUCUCAGGUCCAAAGCAGGUUAAAAGAGCUGAAUGAGACGCAUCGGAAGGUGGAGCAUGAGAUCAAAAUUGCAGUAUUUACUCUUAUUAAUGAGAUCAACAAGAAGGGCAAGUCUUUGCUGCAGCAGUUGGAGAGUGUGGCCAAAGAGCGCAGUAUGAGGCUUGUGUCUCAGCAUAAGGAUACCACCCAGCUGGCCCAGCAGAUCCACCAUGUGCUCAACUUCUGCCACUGGGCCAUCACUACUGGCAGCAGCACAGCACUGCUCUACAGCAAGAGACUGAUCCUGUUCCAGCUCCGCCAGCUCUUCAAGGCUAGAUUGGAGCCAGCGCCCCAGGCCAACGGAGUUGUGCGCUUCUUCUGUGACCCCACCUUCUGGGCCAAAAAUGUGGUGAAUCUAGGUAAUUUGGUAAUCGAGAAGCCACCUCCACCUGCACAGCCGCCCGGUGUGAUGGUAGGGGGACCACCCAUUUCUCCAGGCCAAACUCACCACGGGAAACACCCAGGACAGAUCAACCUGGCUCAGCUCCGGCUGCAGCACAUGCAGCAGGCAGCCUACGCACAACAAAAGCAGCAGCAGCAGCAACAACAGCAGCAGCACCAGCAGCAGAUCCAGCAACAGAUGCGCAUCGCCUCCCAGAUGUCCCAGCAGCACGCCAGACAGGCCGGCCCACCCAUGGCUCAGCAGCAGCCUCCAAGGCUCAUCAGUAUGCAGCAGCUACCGAGAGGGCCUGGGGGUAUGAAUGGUGGGCCAGGUCCCCCGAUGUACCCUUCCUCCCACCAUAUGCGUCUCGCGGGUCCGCCGCAGGCCCGAAUGCCCACGGCUCAGCCGAGACAUAAUGGACAGCAGUAUCCCGCCAUGAUGCAGCCUCAGCUACAGAGACAGAUGUCUAUUGAAUCUGAGAUGAGCCACCAAAGGUUUCGUUUCUUACUACAAUCAGGGCAUUCUAACCCGGGGCAUGCAGGCCCUUUCCCGGUGGCAUCCCUCCAUAAUGCAAACCCCACAAGUCCCACCAGUGCCAGUAUGGCUGGAGCCCACGCUCAUCGCGGACCUGCCAGCCCCAUCAUAGGCCCCAUUGAGCUCAUCCCCUCUGUCACCAAUCCUGAGAACCUGCCCUGCCUACCUGAGAUCCCACCCAUUCAGCUGGAGGAUGCAGGUUCCAGCAACCUUGGACACCUCCUGUCUCGCUACAUCUCAGCUAGCACGCAGCAUCACCUCGGGUCAGUGGACAUCAAUGCCUCACCUGGACUGUCCACACACUCUCCUGGAUCUUCAGGUCUGUCGAAUGCCCAUACGCCAGCACGACCUUCUAGCACAUCCAGCACAGGCAGCAGAGGCAGCUGUAGCUCUGCAGGGAGGGCGGGACCAGGAAGUAGUACUGCGGUGGAGCAGGUAAGGGUGAAGCAGGAACCUGGUACAGAUGACAGCUAUAGCUGUCCAGCUUCUUCUCUGAAGACUGAGCGGGGCGCGGAUGCCGGAAGGAGUGCCUGCAUGAUGAGCAGUCCAGAGAAUAGCCCCCUUCCUGUGAUGGGAGUCGUAUCUGCUGGCCAAGAUGCUCUCAAGGCUUUAGGGGAGCGCAUCAAAACAGAACCCCAAUCUGAGACGCCUUGUUCUGGACUAAAUGGCUCCAGUGCAGCCACUUCCUCUUCCACUACGACCUCCACUACCUCGUUAUCAUCUGCAAACAGCAGCACGGCAGGCGCUCCGCUCACUAAUGGAAACUUAGGCAAGGGGGCAGAGACCAAAGAGGGCAGGGCUUCAGAUGGAACAGGCAAUUCUCUUGGGAAAGAAGACGACCCUAAUGAAGACUGGUGUGCUGUUUGUAUCAAUGGUGGGGACCUGCUGUGCUGUGACCGCUGCCCCAAAGUGUUCCACAUGAAAUGCCAUGUACCCACCAUAAGAAUCUUCCCAACGGGGGACUUUCUCUGCACGUUUUGCCGGAGUCUAACCACCCCAGAAAUAGAGUACUGUGACGACAGCAAGAAAUUCAAAGGAGUGCAGGGCCUGAGUCCUGAGGACCAAAGGAAAUGUGAACGCCUCCUGCUGCACAUUUUCUGUCAUGAGCUCAGCGUGGGCUUCAGGGAACCUGUUCCUAGCUCUGUGCCGAACUACUACAAGAUCAUCAAGCAGCCGAUGGAUCUGAAGAAGGUGAAGAAGAGGCUGCAGUUACGAAGCUCCCAGUACUACCAGUCUGUCCAGGAGUUUGUGUCUGAUAUGCGCCUGGUCUUCAAAAACUGUGCAGAGUACAAUGAGAUGUCUCGAAUAAUCCAGGUUUAUGAUGAGGACAAACAGAUUAAUACGCAGGUGGGAUCAGAGAUGGAGAUAUCUGGCAAGGCAGUGAGCCUGUACUUUGAGGAGAAGUUGCAGGAGAUUUUCCCAGGGCAGAGCUUCCCUGAUACACCUGAAACCGAGAGCAUGGACGCAAAGGAAAAGGAGGACGAAGACACAGAUGACUCUGGGGAGGACUUCAUACAGCCCAGACGCAAACGGUUAAAAACGGAUGACAAAGUGGUCCACAUCAAGUGAGAGCAAACCGCAAAAGAAAUGAGAGAAGUGGAAAACUGUCUUCCUCACUUCCCACACUUCUCCUUUGUUUGAGGCAGCAAACAAAAAGGACGAGAUUCGCUGUAUAAACUGCUUGGUUUAUCUCAUCCUUGCCUUUGAAAGAAUUACUGUCAAGUACAUUAGACGUCUGCCUUUAUCAGAACUCUUGACAACAGAAACAUAGAAGAGCUGCAUUUCCUCCUUAUUUCAUGGACACUCAAAAACUCGCCUGUACAGAUUUUGAAGUAGGACUUGUUUUGCAGUAGUUAAGUUAAAGAUCGUCUUUUCUUUUCUAUCAUCCAUUUUCAUUUGUAGAUUUGUUGUGACGGUUGCUUUAUAAAACAUUUGAAUCCCAUGUCCUCAGUUCUUAAUGUAUUAUAUCUAUACUUUGACAUGAAACCUACCAAGUAUUUGUAUGACUUUGUGGAAGCGUUGUGUAAAUAAGAGAAUCUAGCCCACUGAAGGUAUUCCUACAGUAUAGAUGUUCGGGUGCGUCAUCAAUAAAACCUGUUCUUGAAAUAUAUUAAAGAAAAUGUGUGGUGUGGAGUAGGUUUAUGGUUGCCGGAGAGCUCUUAAAGGAGCUGUUUGGCCAAAUUAGAAAAGCAACAAUAAAACAUCCCCACAUA